CACAGGCAAAGCCCGCAGUGCCUCUACACCGAGACAAAGGCCUGGCACACGAUUGGCUGACAAGAGGUGCGCGCUGGCGUCUCUGGGUCCUCGCUGCCAAACCGCCUAUUGAUAUGAUAAUUAGACCUUAUAAAUACCUUAGACAACAAGUCACUUCCAGCGACAGAACUUGUGGAGAUUACACAAAAAGAAACUAGAUUGUUUGCGUGUGUGUGUGUGUGUGCGUGUGCGUGUGUGUUUCUAUAAUUGUGUGAGCCUUCCAGCUGCUCUCUUCGUUGGGCUGAACCGAUUUAUUUUGUGGAUUACAGUAUUUCACAUAUUCAUUUUUUUUCUUUGGGUUGAAACCAAAAAUGGCUCCCUCAGCCAGACCUUGCAAAAAUGAAUCUGCGCAGGAUGAUGAGGGAUAUUAUGGGAUUAAAGGAGACAGAAGGGCGAGAAAGCCUUUGGUUGAGAAAAAGAGGCGAGCUCGGAUCAAUGAAAGUCUACACGAACUGAGGGGCCUUCUUGCAGAUAGCGACUUUCAGACAAAAACGGAGAAUGCCGAAGUGCUGGAAAUGACCGUGAAACGAGUUGAGAAUAUUCUUCGGAGCAGAGAUCUUGAAACCGACGCCAUGAACCGUGAAGCAAGCGAGCGAUUCGCUGCCGGAUACGUACAGUGCAUGCACGAGGUGCACAUGUUCGUGUCGAAUUGCCCCGGGAUAGACGCUGCAGUGGCCGCGGAGCUGCUAAACCAUCUUUUGGAAUCCAUGCCCCUGAACGAAGACCGUUUUCAGGACAUGCUUGUGGAUUUAAUGUCGGACUGUCCCAACAGCAGCAGCAGCACUUGGCCUAGCAGCGAAGGGGUGUGCCCAUCCGUGGUAUCCCCCGGGGGUGCGGAGUUGUGUGGCCAUUCUCCAGCGCACUCUACAACAUCAAGCGAGGACACAUGUUCCGAUCUAGACGAGACUGAGGCAGAACCCAGUCACACUUCGCCGGAUAACUCCAGGACCAACAGCAUUCCCGGUGUCCUCUGCUCGAAAUCCAUGUGGAGACCAUGGUGAAACUGUGAAGCACUUUUUAAAAGGAAGAAGGCACGAAAUGGAAAUCUACCUAAUAGUUUUGGCUCCUGCCCUGUAAAAUGACCGAGUACAGUUUUCAAAUUCUGCAUGUGUGUGUGUGUGUGUGGUGGUCAAACCUGGAAUUUAAAAAAAAAUGUAUCGUAUGGCACUGUUACUGUCAAUCUCGACGGACGACUACUGUUUUUUUCUUCACUUGCAUUGUUCCACUGAACUCGUUGAGUGGGCCUGCCGGUGAAUUAUGUUUGUGUAGGACAUUGUAGCAAAGCUCUUUUGUAAAGCACAGCUUCUCUUGGUAUUUUUUCCCCCUGAUUUUAACUCCAGAUGUCCAAUUUAUUUGACAUUGAGAAAUAGCCCUGACAGCAUACCCUGGGCAGUAAAAUGUUAAGUUGAGGUGUGUGUGUGUGCGUGUGCGUGUGCGUGUGCGUGUGUAAUAUGCAAGGAUCGUUCCUACAAGGGAUAGCAUUGGUUAGCAUAAUUAGGAAUGUAUUUCUACCUUCUGUGAAGGAAGGGUAAACUAAAAUAAUUUGCAAUUUCUAGCUGUAAGUGUUGAUAGCAGGAUGCCUUGAAAACUGCAUGGUGUUCUGCACACGAGGAACCGACUGGUAGCGCAUUAUUCGUUUGAAAUGUGUAUUAGGUAUUGUAAAACGCUUCAUAUCCUGGAACCUCUAAUAAAACGUAUUACAGCAAAGCGUU